UUUCUCUCUCAAGCUCGCCUUCUUUCUCUCUCUACAAUUUUCCUCCAUUAACGCUGAGCUUCAACGCUUUGAACACCUUUCCAAGAACAGAGAUGGUUCGUUAAGCUUACUUGUUGUUGGAGAUUGGGGAAGGAAAGGAACCCAUAAUCAAUCUAGAGUUGCUCAUCAGAUGGGAUUAAUAGGAGCAAAAUUGGAUAUAGAUUUUAUUAUUUCAACUGGAGACAAUUUUUACGACAGUGGAUUGACAGGUGAAAAUGAUCCAGCCUUUGAAGAAUCAUUUACCAAUAUUUACACUGCCCCAAGUUUACAGAAACAAUGGUACUCAGUGUUAGGUAACCAUGACUAUAGGGGUAAUGCUCUGGCACAAUUAAGUCCAUUCCUUAGAGAAAAAGACAGCAAAUGGCUUUGUUUAAGGUCCUUCAUUGUCAAUGCAGCGGAAACUGUAGAUUUUUUCUUCGUCGACACAACUCCGUUCCAAGACAAGUAUUUCUCAGAUCCCGAUCAAAACUACGAUUGGAGAGGCGUGUUACCAAGAGAAAAGUAUUUAACCGAUGUUCUAAAGGAUUUGGAUUUGGCAUUAAAAGAAUCAACUUCAAAUUGGAAAAUUGUGGUGGGCCACCACACAAUCAAAAGUGCUGGAAGUCACGGAGAAACAUUGGAACUAGUACAAAAACUUCUUCCUAUUCUUCAGGCUAAUAAUGUUGAUCUUUACAUCAAUGGUCAUGAUCAUUGCUUAGAGCACAUAACAAGUUCGGAUAGUCCGCUUCAUUUCGUGACAAGUGGUGGAGGGUCGAAAGCAUGGAGGGGCGAGUACCAUUGGAUGCAUGAUCCAAACGAGGUGAAGUUUUACUACGACGGGCAGGGUUUUAUUUCUUUGGAGAUUACGGAGUCAGAGAUUGUUAUAUUCUUUUAUGAUAUUGACGGUAUUGUCUUACACAAAUUCAAUGUGGUUAAGCCUCUUCAUGCUGUCUUGUAACUCUGAAGAGAGAAA